GAAGGAUCCAGGAUGCCUGGGUCUCGGGGCCAGGAGGAGCCGGAGCCCGAGCCCGGAGACACGGCCAAGGCCGGAGCGCGGACACGGACCGGCAGCGCGGCCCCGCGGGCACAGGCGCCUCGAGGCCGGUAGGGCGAGAGCGCGGAGCCGGCGGGGCAGCGCCCGGGAGCGGCCAGGCGCGCAGCAUGCGCGGGGCCCCCGCCAGUCAGGGCUACACGGCCGCCUGGGUCACGUGUCCGCGCGGGGCCGGGGGCUGCGGGCCGCUCCCUCCCUGCGCGCCCGCCGGGGCCGCCCACUGCCCCCCCGCCGGGCCCGGCCGGCCCGUAUAUAGGGCGCCCCCGGUCGGCCCGCGCCAGCCCGCCCGCCGCGCCCAGGCCGCCGCGCCCCGCAGCCAGCCCCCGGCCCGGCCCGCCACCCCGACGGCCGCCCCCCGCCGCCGCCCGGCCCCCGCGCUCGCCAUGAAGAAGGAGCUGUGCUCCGUGGCCUUCCUCAAGGCCGUGUUCGCCGAGUUCCUGGCCACCCUCAUCUUCGUCUUCUUCGGCCUGGGCUCGGCACUCAAGUGGCCGUCGGCGCUGCCCACCAUCCUGCAGAUCGCACUGGCCUUCGGGCUGGCCAUCGGCACCCUGGCCCAGGCCCUGGGGCCCGUGAGUGGCGGCCACAUCAACCCCGCCAUCACGCUGGCGCUGCUGGUGGGCAACCAGAUCUCCCUCCUGCGUGCUGCCUGCUACGUGGUGGCACAGCUGGUGGGCGCCAUCGCUGGGGCGGGCAUCCUGUAUGGGCUGGCGCCGCUCAACGCCCGCGGCAACCUGGCCGUCAAUGCGCUCAACAACAAUAUAACACCGGGCCAGGCCUUGGUGGUGGAGCUGAUUCUCACCUUCCAGCUGGCACUCUGCAUCUUCUCCUCCACCGACACUCGCCGCACCGGCCCCGUGGGCUCCCCGGCCCUGUCCAUCGGCCUGUCUGUCACACUGGGCCACCUCGUAGGGAUCUACUUCACCGGCUGCUCCAUGAACCCGGCCCGCUCCUUCGGCCCCGCAGUGGUCAUGAAGCGGUUCAGCCCCGCACAUUGGGUGUUCUGGGUGGGACCGAUCCUGGGUGCUGCCCUAGCUGCCAUCCUCUACUUCUACCUGCUCUUCCCCAACUCUCUGAGCCUGAGCGAGCGUGUGGCCGUUGUCAAGGGCACUUACGAACCUGAGGAGGACUGGGAGGAGCAGCGGGAGGAGCGGAAGAAGACCAUGGAGCUCACUGCCCACUGAGUAGCACCUGGCAGGAGCCACCACAGGGGCUGAAAGGAGUGUGACCCGCACAGCCUUCUCCCCCAGGCAGGGGGAUCUGGGCUGCAGAGGAGGCACUGGCUCCUGGCUGGACUGCAGCCAGAGACAGAAGCAGGGCCCCAUGAUGGGACUCUUGGGGUGGGGGCUGGGGGCUGGGGGCUGGGGCCUGUGGCAGGAAGGUCCCUCUGGGACUGAGCAGACUGCUAUGUGGGGUCAGAGCACAGUGCCAUGCUUGCAGGCUGCCUGAGGCCACAGUAGAAGGGUGUGGCCUACAGCCUCUGUCCCCACUCUCACCCCACCAAACCCGCACACAGCAGGGGUGAAGCUCUCCAAGCUCCUUAAGAGGGAGGCAGGCUGGUUGAUUGAAUGCUGCCUUAUUUAUUUCUGGGCUGCUGGUGAUUGGGGUGAGGGGGGUGCUUCCCAAUAAACCACUAACAUUCA